ACAUGCGAGUUGCCAGAAGGCGCCUUCCCUUUCAACAACGAGCCCACGCCGAAGCUGCCGCGUCCCCUGUUCCCCGGUGGACGUCCCGACCAGCUGGUGGACCGGUCGGCGAAGCCGUACAUCGUGACGGCGUGCUACAGCCGCCCCUACCUGCCCGAGCCGGCCUGCGGCUACCCCGAGCCCGCCGGCUACUCGGACGAGCCCGGCAACGGGAUCGUGGUGCCCCGGAUCCUCGGCUACCACCCCACCGGCCCCGCGGACAACUACACUGAGGGUCAUUCGAUGCGCAUCACCGCCCUGCGCUACCACCCAACACAGCCUCACUUACUCACCUCGGCCAGUUGGGAUCAGUACGUCAAGGUGUGGGACACGCGAACGAGGUGUGGACCGGUUCACGAGAUCUACGGCCCCCACGUCUGCACUCCGGAGGGCCUCGACGUGGAGGACAACAUCAUUUUGACGGCGUCGUGGCGCAAGCGACAGUGCCUCGAGAUUUGGGACCUGCGGUGCCUGCGACCAGAUGCCCCAACCACGGUAAACAAGAAUCUAGCGGGUGGCGACGUCACAAACACCCUGCGCAAGCAGGCUUACAUGAGACCCGCGGAGACCAUUCCGGUGUCUGGUGUGCCGGACUGGUACAGACACAGCAGCCAGGACCGCGGAGAGUACCUCUACGCGGCGCGUUUGCUGCCCAGUCGGGCCAUUGUCUGCGGCGGGUCUGGUUUCAACGAAGUACGCUUAGUCAAUCGCGACACCAAACACCCGAUUCUCCGAAUCCCGUCUGACUCGGUGGUGCAGUCGCUCGACAGUGUCCUCGAGGGUCGGUACAUCGCCUUUGGCUGCGCCAGCGGUUCCAUUACGAUAGCCGGAUUAGCAUAG